AUGACAGAAAAGUCCAAUGGCAUGAAGAGCUCCCCAGCCAAUAACCGCAACCAUCAUGCACCUCCUACCAUCAAGGCCAAUGGCAAAGAUGAGCGUGGGACCAGCAGCAGGCCACAGUCUGCAGCUGACGAUGACACCUCCUCAGAACUACAGAGGCUGGCAGAGAUGGAUGCCCCCCAGCAGAGGCGGGGUGGCUUCCGCAGGAUCAUCCGCCUGGUGGGGGUCAUCAGAGAGUGGGCCAACAAGAAUUUCCGCGAGGAGGAACCUAGACCUGACUCAUUCCUUGAGCGGUUCCGUGGGCCUGAGCUCCAGACUGUGACGACACAGCAAGGGGAUGGCAAAGGCGACAAGGACGGCGAGAGCGAGGGCAUCAAGAAGAAAUUUCAACUAUUUGUCUUGGACCCAGCUGGGGACUGGUACUACUGCUGGCUAUUUGUCAUUGCCAUGCCUGUCCUUUACAACUGGUGCCUGCUGGUGGCCAGAGCCUGCUUCAGUGACCUACAGAAAGGCUACUAUCUAGUGUGGCUGGUGCUGGACUACUUCUCAGAUGUAGUCUACAUCAUGGACCUCUUUAUCCGAUUGCGCACAGGUUUUCUGGAGCAAGGGCUGUUAGUCAAAGAUACCAAGAAGUUGCGGGACAACUACAUCCACACCCUUCAGUUCAAGCUGGAUGUGGCUUCUAUCAUCCCCACAGACCUGAUCUAUUUUGCUGUGGGCAUCCACAGCCCAGAGUUGCGCUUCAAUCGCCUGCUACACUUUGCCCGUAUGUUUGAAUUCUUUGACCGCACUGAGACACGCACCAGCUACCCCAAUAUCUUCCGCAUCAGCAACCUAGUUCUCUACAUCUUGGUCAUCAUCCACUGGAAUGCCUGCAUCUACUACGCCAUCUCCAAGUCCAUUGGUUUUGGGGUUGACACCUGGGUUUAUCCCAACAUCACUGACCCUGAGUAUGGCUACCUGGCUAGGGAAUACAUCUACUGCCUUUACUGGUCUACACUGACCCUCACCACCAUUGGGGAGACACCACCCCCUGUAAAGGAUGAGGAGUACUUAUUUGUCAUCUUUGACUUCCUGAUUGGUGUCCUCAUCUUUGCCACCAUCGUGGGAAAUGUCGGCUCCAUGAUCUCCAACAUGAAUGCCACCCGGGCUGAAUUCCAGGCCAAGAUCGACGCUGUCAAACAUUACAUGCAGUUCCACAAGGUCAGCAAGGAGAUGGAAGCCAAGGUCAUUAAGUGGUUUGACUACCUGUGGACCAAUAAAAAGAGCAUAGAUGAGCGGGAAGUUCUCAAGAACCUGCCAGCCAAGCUGAGAGCUGAGAUAGCCAUCAAUGUCCACCUGUGCACACUCAAGAAAGUGCGCAUCUUCCAGGAUUGUGAGGCUGGACUGCUGGUGGAGCUAGUAUUGAAGCUCCGUCCUCAGGUAUUCAGCCCUGGGGAUUACAUUUGCCGCAAGGGAGAUAUCGGCAAGGAGAUGUACAUAAUCAAGGAGGGCAAGUUGGCAGUGGUGGCUGAUGAUGGUGUCACUCAGUAUGCCCUGCUUUCAGCUGGGAGUUGCUUUGGAGAGAUCAGCAUCCUUAACAUUAAGGGCAGCAAAAUGGGCAAUCGACGCACAGCUAAUAUCCGCAGCCUUGGUUACUCAGAUCUCUUCUGCCUGUCCAAGGAUGAUCUUAUGGAAGCUGUGACUGAGUAUCCUGAUGCCAAGAAGGUCUUGGAGGAGAGAGGCCGGGAGAUCCUGAUGAAGGAGGGACUGCUGGAUGAGAAUGAGGUGGCAGCCACCAUGGAGGUGGAUGUGCAAGAGAAGCUAGAGCAGCUGGAGACCAACAUGGAGACCUUGUACACUCGCUUUGGCCGCCUGCUGGCCGAGUACACAGGGGCCCAGCAGAAGCUCAAGCAGCGUAUCACGAUUCUGGAAACCAAAAUGAAGCAGAACAAUGAGGACGAUUACCUGUCAGAUGGGAUAAACAGCCCGGAGCCAGCUGCUGCUGAGAAGCUAUAA